AGAAUAUCGAACUGUAUUGUUGUUGUUGUUGUUAUUGUUGUUGUUGUUUUUGUUUUUAAAGCGAGUUCAUUGAAACAAGUUCAUUGAGUGUUUCAGAUUGAAUUAUAAUGUAACAAGUGAAAUAAUUUGUGAAUAAACUGUGAUUAAAGUUGAGUAUUGAGGUGAAUAGGGGAAGACAGUCAGGCAGGCAGAAGUAGUCGAUGGCGGAUGGAAUGAGAUGGCAGUCAUGGCGCUGAUCAGGUGGAGUUGUGCCGCUGUUAAUCGUCUGUCCUGUAAUCAGAUUUUGGGUUCCCUCAGAUAUUUUGAAGCCUCUCACCAGGUCUGUGUGAGUCGAUUGAGCAAUGCGGCCAGCACAUCACACACACGACAGGACAGAAAGAAAGAGAUGAAAGAAGAUGGACUGAAGCUGCAGGACUUCAUAUCGGGAGAUCUGUCAGAAAAGAGCAAAUGGGAGGAAUACAGGGGCAACCUGAAGCGACAAAAAGGGGAACGGCUCAGGUUACCACCAUGGCUAAAGACCGAGAUUCCUAUUGGGAAAAACUUCAACAGACUGAAGAACACCCUCAGAGAACUGAAUCUACACACUGUGUGCGAGGAGGCCAGAUGUCCGAACAUCGGCGAGUGUUGGGGAGGUGGAGAGUACGCUACUGCAACAGCAACCAUCAUGUUGAUGGGGGACACGUGUACACGUGGCUGCAGGUUUUGUUCGGUAAAGACGGCGAGAACGCCACCUCCUCUCGACCCGGAUGAGCCUCAUAACACGGCUAAAGCUAUUGCUGCAUGGGGGCUCGACUAUGUAGUGCUCACUUCAGUGGACAGAGACGACCUCGCAGACGGAGGCGCAGAACACUUUACGAAGACCGUGUCUCAGAUCAAGGAGAGGAACUUUAAUAUCCUAGUCGAGUGUUUGACCCCUGAUUUCCGUGGUGACCUCUCGGCGGUGGAGAAAGUCGCUCGGUCUGGUCUGGAUGUUUACGCUCACAACGUAGAGACAGUGAGAGAACUGCAGAGGUAUGUGCGUGACCCCCGUGCGAACUUUGACCAGUCGCUUGCUGUGCUGCGCCACGCUAAGAGUGUCAACCCGAGCAUACUCACCAAAACCUCGAUUAUGCUCGGACUCGGUGAAACAGACGCACAGAUACAUUCUACUCUGAAAGAGUUGAGGGACUCGGGUGUGGACUGUUUGACUCUUGGCCAGUACAUGCAACCAACAAAACGACAUCUGAAGGUAGAGGAGUACAUCACCCCAGAGAAGUUUGCUCACUGGGAGAAGGUGGGGCAGGAAAUGGGGUUCGUUUACACAGCGAGCGGUCCCCUAGUGCGCUCCUCUUAUAAAGCAGGUGAGUUCUUCCUAAAGAACCUGCUGGAAAAGAGAAAGAUGGAAGGAACCGUCGAAUAAAAAAAAAAGAUGGACCUCAUGAACCUGGAGCUCUGUCCAUCUUGUAUUCCCUCCUAAAAUAAUGAACAGGACAACAGAAAACAUUUAUUCUAACCCACGUCGUCAGUCUGUUUAGUUUUGUAAUGUUAGCGGUGGAUUGUGGGUAAUGAAGUCUUCUGGUAUGUGAUAUUACGGAGAAAGAGAAGUCUUCAGAAUGCGUUACUUGUUUGGAAAGCGAUCGAGAUCAUCCAGGUGUGAAGCCAUUUUAGCGAAAGAGAGAGAAACUGCAUCCAGUGGAAAUCCGACUCGCGGUUAAAACAAGAACUGUACAGUGUAAUAAAGCGAUGUUGAUGAAG